AUGUCUGACGAGGGAGAAGAAAGCGACGGCGGCGAGAGAGCGCACCUCUCCGAGUCUCCAUCCCAGUCCGUGUGUCUCCCCCGCGGGUCUCCGUCCUCUCAGCGGCCCCUGGACUUCUUCUCCUCCGCCUCCCCGCUGCUGGACGACACGGACCCGCCGUACCUCGCCUCCCCGGAGUGUCUUCACCCCUCUCAAGAGGACCGGGACCCCGAGGACUCCCCGCGUUUUUCGCCGCCAAAGUUCCGCGAGCGCACCGGGGAUUCCGGCUCACCUUUCCCUUCGCGGCAGGAUGUGCCGGUGGACGCGGUGUACGACCGCCACGAUGACCCCGUUCCCAAGUGGAGAGGACGAGGCGCGGCGACCGCUGAGCGCCUGCAGCACCGCGGACCGAGACCCCACCGGGGCCCGGAGCCGCCGGAGCCGCCGGACCACGGGAACCAUCACAUAGUGGAGCACACAGACACCGAGUUCAACUCCGAGAGCCGGCAAACGGUGGAAGCCAUGCAUCGCCGCCACACCACGGUGAGGGAGAAGGGGCGUCGCCAAGCAAUACGAGGCCCGGCCUACAUGUUCAAUGAACGUGGCUCGCCCCUCACCGCGGAGGAAGAGCGUUUUCUAGAGGCUGCUGAAUACGGAAACAUUCCUGUGGUCCGCAAAAUGCUGGAAGAAUCCAAAACGCUUAACUUCAAUUGUGUUGACUACAUGGGCCAGAAUGCUUUGCAGCUGGCAGUGGGCAACGAGCACCUAGAAGUGACCGAGCUGCUGUUAAAGAAGGACGGGCUGGCUAGGAUCGGGGACGGCCUGCUUUUGGCCAUCUCCAAGGGUUAUGUUCGAAUUGUCGAAGCCAUUCUCGCCCACCCUGCUUUCGGUGGAGGUCUCCGGCUGGCUCUGAGCCCCCUGGAGCAGGAGAUGCGUGAUGAUGACUUUUAUGCUUACGACGAGGAUGGGACUCGUUUUUCGCACGAUGUCACCCCCGUCAUCCUGGCUGCUCACUGCCAGGAGUACGAGAUCGUCCACAUCCUUCUGAUGAAGGGGGCCCGCAUAGAAAGGCCACAUGACUACUUCUGUAAGUGCUCCGAAUGUUUUGAUAAACAGAAGCAGGACUCGUUCAGUCACUCGCGCUCCAGGAUGAAUGCUUACAAAGGCCUCGCCAGUGCAGCUUACCUGUCGCUCAGCAGUGAAGACCCUGUGCUGACUGCUCUCGAGCUCAGCAAUGAACUGGCAAGACUGGCCAACAUCGAGACCGAGUUCAAGAAUGACUACCGUAAGUUGUCCAUGCAAUGUAAGGACUUUGUGGUGGGUGUGCUGGACCUUUGUCGGAACACAGAGGAAGUGGAGGCCAUUCUGAACGGUGACGUAGAAAACUGCCCCCCAAGGCCCAACAACCGACCCUGCCUCAGUCGUAUCAAACUGUCCAUCAAGUACGAAGUCAAAAAGUUCGUUGCCCAUCCCAACUGCCAGCAGCAGCUCAUGACUAUCUGGUAUGAGAACCUGCCUGGUCUGAGGCAGCAGUCCGUGGGGGUGAAGUGCUGGACAGUGCUGGGGGUCACCGUAGGUUUGCCCUUCCUGGCCAUUGCCUACUGGAUCAUGCCAUGCAGCAAGAUCGGACAGAUCCUGCGAAGCCCCUUCAUGAAGUUUGUGGCUCACGCCGUCUCUUUCACCAUCUUCCUGGGUCUGCUGGUCGUCAACGCCUCCGACCGCUUUGAGGGCGUCAAGAACCUGCCCAACGAGACCAUCACAGACCACCCGCGGCAGGUGUUCAGGGUCAAGACCACCCAGUUCUCCUGGACAGAGAUGUUGAUCAUGAAAUGGGUGUUGGGUAUGAUCUGGUCGGAGUGUAAGGAGAUCUGGAGCGACGGGCCCAGGGAGUACCUGAUGCACCUUUGGAACGUGCUGGACUUCGGCAUGCUGUCCAUCUUCGUGGCAUCCUUCACGGCACGCUUCAUGGCGUUCCUGAAGGCGACCAAAGCUCAGCAGUAUGUGGACCUGCAUGUACCAGACGACGACCUGAGCAACGCCUCGCUGCCUGACGAAGUCGCUUACUUCACCUUCGCCAGGAACAAGUGGCGCCCCUCCGACCCCCAAAUCAUCUCCGAGGGCCUGUACGCCAUCGCCGUUGUGCUGAGUUUUUCGCGCAUCGCCUACAUCCUGCCGGCCAAUGAGAGCUUCGGCCCGCUGCAGAUCUCUCUGGGGCGCACGGUCAAAGACAUCUUCAAGUUCAUGGUCAUCUUCAUCAUGGUGUUUGUGGCCUUCAUGAUCGGCAUGUUCAACCUGUACUCGUAUUACCUGGGAGCCAAAUACAAUCCUGCCUUCACCACCGUGGAGGAGAGUUUUAAGACUCUCUUCUGGUCGAUCUUCGGGCUGUCGGAAGUGAUCUCCGUGGUGCUCAAGUACGACCACAAGUUCAUAGAGAACAUCGGCUACGUGCUCUAUGGGGUCUACAAUGUCACCAUGGUGGUCGUCCUCCUCAACAUGCUCAUCGCCAUGAUCAACAACUCUUACCAGGAGAUAGAGGAGGAUGCCGAUGUGGAGUGGAAGUUCGCCCGAGCUAAGUUGUGGCUCUCCUACUUUGACGAAGGACGCACUCUGCCUGCCCCCUUCAACCUGGUUCCCAGCCCCAAGUCCUUCUAUUACCUGGUCCUCCGCAUCAAGUCCUGCCUGAUUCGCCUGUGCAAGGCCAACGGACGUCGUCGUAACAACGAGCUAGAGAUGGGCAAGGUCAAUUCAGAGGAAGGGGUCAGUGAUGAGCAGUAUAGGCCGUAUCCCCGACCGGGAGAAGAGUUCAUGCCCAGAAAGUCCAGACAACAGCCGACCAGACAUCAGAUGAUCAUGAAGCGUCUGAUUAAGCGCUACGUGCUAAAGGCUCAAGUCGACAGAGAGAGCGACGAAGUCAAUGAAGGCGAGUUGAAGGAGAUCAAGCAGGACAUCUCCAGCCUCCGCUACGAGCUCCUGGAGGAGAAGUCGGAGGCCGCCGGAGAGCUGGCUCUGCUCAUCCAGCAACUCGGCGACAAGUUUGGCAAGAACACCACGAGACUCUGACAGGACUCGCGGGAAGGAGAAGAGACGGAGAGAGGGAAGAGGAUGUGAAGCAGGGGGAGGACGGGUGGUUUUAGGACCUUGAUAGUGGAAGAGGGAGAGAAAAUAAUGAGGAAGGGAGGAAUGUAGGGAGGGGAAAUUGCUGACAUGCGGCAAAUAGCAAAUGUUUUGUAUAUGCAAUGACCAAUUAGGGAGGAAUUUAAAAAGAAGAUAGCUGCGACUGCAAGUGAGCAUGAGGUCAUUGGGUCAGGGGUGAAGUGUGUGUGUGUGGGGAGGGGGUGUUGGCAGUUGAAUUCUAAUUAAAGGCAGAGUCUUCAGGGAGUGAGAGAGGGGAGGAGGAUAGAGGCUUUCGGUCACAGACUUGCUGGGAGACGAAGGAUGAGGAGUGAGAGACACCAGGCUCCACGGGGCAGAAGACUGAGGCAGUGCAGCGAUGAUGGGCCCCCCCACACGGGCUGCCAGCUCGGAGAAGGGAGGAUAAUGGACGGGGAGGUCAGGAGGGGGAGGAGGGACAGAGAAGAUAGAUAUCUGAAAAAGAAGAAACCAUUAUUUACAAUAGAAAGGUUGGCUUUGCUUCUGCGUCCUCUCUCUGUCAGGACAAGCAUCGAUACCUGUCCAGGUCGGAGCGUCCCCUUCACGCACCAGGCUCUAUCUAAUUAAUGCAUCUCAGUCCACAACGCACAACCUGCGAUCAGGGGUCCGAGAAUUCAGGAGCAAACUGGAAAACACUGUAGGAUUUAUACACUUAGUCCUUAGCUGUUAAAGAAAUAUUUCAUUAAAAAGCUUAUCAUCUUAAGCUUUACUGUAAAUCUGAGAAAUGUUUAUGCCCACCUUACACACAGCGUGUUGUAUUUUAUCAUAAGCCGCUCAGAUUGAGUCAGACUCAUUCACGGCAACAGAGAAAUCUCGGGAGCGUUAAGGAGAAGAGUGGCGUCUGCAAUGCAGGAGGCCGGACGCCACAUGGACAAUCUGCCAUGGAGUUUGUUUACAGAACAUUGACACCAUCAUCACCAAAAUCUCUCAGAUCUCGUUGUCUUUCCCAGUCGACCUCUUCAUUGGUUUAGUCUUCGUGUAAGACUCCUCUUUUUAAUCCUGAGAUAUUUGUACCGCUUUGGCUUUGGUCAGUUUUGUGUCAUCAGUGAACCCACUCGCUUGCAGUGAACUCAAUAGUCUCCUGCUGUCUUCUCACAUUGGCUCAGCCUCAGUCGGACAUUAUCCUCCUGCGAUCGUCCGGAGCCUGUGACUCAAACAGUCGUGUUCUCACGUUGAGCCUCUGUUGGUAACUUCAGGAGAUUAUCUGGAGUUCGGUGCACGUCUGAAAGCAAGACACCUUAUGUUUGUAGAGUUUUAAAUAAGCAAAGUGACUGUAACAUUACUCCAGACAGCAGCGUUUUUUGUAGCUAUUAAAAACACAAUAUAUCUCUGUUUCUUUGUCUAAACGUUACGUCCCAUGCAUCUUAAAUCAGCUUUAAACCAACAGACGUGUUCUAAUGUGGCUCGGGUAAGUGAUGUGGACAUUGUCCUCUUCACUGUGCCUUUACAGCACAAAGUGUCUCUCCUUGUCUCGCUCUCCGAAAUAGCAACGCAAAGCGACGUGUCCUCGAGGAGCUGUGUGUACAGCUGUAACACGCAGGAGGACGGCAGCACAGCUCUCCAGUCUGAUUGCCUUAGGACAAGCAGACAUUUGUGAGAUGAGAAAAUCAUGGCGAUGCAGAGAUAUGCGAUGUUUGUUUUGUUUUCUUUUUAGCAGUGGUGCAAUCAUGUGGCUGUAAAACACUGGGACUCGACAGCAGAAGCUGUGUGGAGCAAUGUUCUGGUCCUUUUUUUGUACGUCUGAGACUCAUUUGACAAACCGCUGCAACAGCAAACUUGAGUAAAUGAACUUCUUAUAAUUUGCAAUUGGACAAACUGCUAAUCCUGCCCACCACAAAUGAGAUCUUUGUAUUGUGCAGUUGGAAAACUGUAUCUGCAGCAAACAGGAUGCAGAUAUAGAUAAGAAAAAUAAACACAAAAACAUGGUUGCUGAAGAUCAUGGCGGCCUGUGGGAUCAGCCACAGCAUCUGUCCUUCAUGUAUCCACAGUGGAGGUUUGGGUCUUGACAACAAAUUUACCAUUAAUCAUUGAUUUAAACCAUAACAUGAAUCUCACAGAUUUGAGAAUUAGAUAAUCUGUCAGAUUACGUUCAUAUUUCUAGGUAAAGUGUCAAAUGUACACUUUCUUACUCCAACGCUUGCUAAUAACAAUGUUCACACAACACCGGUCUGCGUGUAUUCAUGUGGUGUCACUUGAAAACCUCAAGCCAUUUUUUAGUUUUUCAUUGAAUUCCAUUUUCUGAUUUAUUAAAUUAAUGGAUUUCACAGUUCCUGCUAGAUUUCUCCUGCAAUUCAGUUACUUAGCAAUCAUGCAUUAAUCCCUCCCAUCCCUUUUAAAACAACAAAAGAAUAAAAAAAAGUUCAUUCUCAAACUUCACAAUGAUAUUAUUCUGUUCUAUUGUGAGGAUGCUAUUAAAAGUCAUUAGUCUCGCGGGAGAGGAUCAGCAGGGGCCUAGUGCACCUAAUAACACAUUUCGAGGGCUCUUAUUGUUACACAUCAUUUGUUUUGUUGGGAAAUGAAACAAAAUGAAAUCUUGUUUGUCUUAUCAUCGUUAUGCAUAAACUUCAACUCGGUAGACUGAGUGAGAGGAGUUCCUGCCACAACAGAAAAUAUCACAAACGAACCCUUACAGUGAUUUCUUAAAGCUUCUUAUAGUUUAAAAGCUCAAACGCACUCCUGGGUUUUGUGCAGUAGAGCCAUGAAGACUUCUUUACACCAUCAGAGCCGAGCGAAUGUUUAUAAUCAAAAAGCUUUUAGAGACAUUUUCAGGUACAGUUUUUCCUUUAAAUCAGUUGUCAAUGGAUUGAACUUGUGUCUAUAUUUAUUUAUACCGUGUGUGUCAUAGAGUGACAGAGCAGCUAUCUCUUUUCUGUGCGCACAACCAGACUAUACUAAGACUCCCGGAGACAGUUUUUAAAUGAUUCCCACUGCCAGGAAGACCAAUUAUCAAGAAAUACUGUAUUUUUAACUUGUACGCGAGAAUUGUUGAUUAAAAGCAAAAUCUUUUACUGUAUAUUGUCAUAUUUUUGAUCCUUGAAUUAAAGAGACUGAGCUCUAAA